UCACACCAUCCUCAACAACUUCGGCGACCCUCUGAGAACCGACCUGGAGAAAUCAGAGGUCUUCCUUAUCUGAUGCAGUGAAACCCAGACCUUGGCGGGGAUUGAGGCCUUCCCGGGAUGGCGGGGCUGUUUUCCCUCGAGGUGCCUGUGUCUCCUGAAACAUUCCUGGCCCAAGGACGAGGUGGGUUCCCACCUUUGAGAAAUAAAUAGUCCUACUCAUAUGAUACGUGGCUAGAGUAGCUCUCAAAACUAACCAAUUAAUUUCAAAGUAUCAGAGAGAGAAAAGAAAAACAAUAAUCACGAGUAAAAUACAGUGGACCUGGCCACAUGUCGCAAGAUGAAUUGUUCCUAGUCUUCUGCUCUCUCUUUGAUGCAUGUGCAUUUGAGUGAUCAGAAUGUCUUCGAUCAUACGAUUCCCAAAAUGCAAAAGUAGGAAAAACAUAUUAUUAAAAUGUCAUGGCAUCCUUCUUAAAAUGUCAUGACUUCUUGAAUUAUAUGGUAAUUCGAAGCUGAAACACGUGGAUUUAAAAGAAAAAAAUGAGGUCUAACUUCUUUCUGGAUACCCUACAGAUUUGUGGUGUAGAAAUGCAAUCCGAAGUAAUUCAAUACUCUCUCCGUCCCAAAAUAAGUGACGUGAAUCUAUAUAAAUUCUUAUACAAAUUCAUGUCACUUAUUUUAUUUCAGGACGGAGGAAGUAUUAAGGUUUCGUUCCUUUAAUUCAAAAGGGAUUCAUUCACAUUAAAAAAAUCAUGGAUUAAUAUGUUCCGGAAUUUCUAUUUUGACCCUUCUAAUGCAAAUAUAAUUGAUUUUUGGUAAAAGUUACUAGUGUAUCUUUCUCUUCUGACUUCUUGUUGCUUAGACAUGACAAUAGAAAUAGAGCAAACUGCUUGGAAGUAUUUGCAGUUUGGAGGCAAGAUCCGCAUAAUAUUUGUACAUUUUUUCUCAUGUUUUUUUUCUGCAACAAAUGGAAUACAUAAUGUUGUUACACUGGUAUUCAAGGAAUUUUCGUCCCAAAAUGGUUUUCACCAAAUAGUCGCCCUUUAUGCAGAGUGAUGGAUCUAGAUGUUUUUUUUUGGGUGUAUGGAUUUAGAUAUAUACAAGUCCCAACAGCUUUUAUCGGCACAAUUAGUAAAAUCUUCUAUCCCAAAGAAAUACUUGACGAGCAGAGUAACACCCACCCACACCACAUACGGCAAAAGAAGACACGUUUGUGCAAAAUUCUAAAACCAUCGAGAAAUGACUAUUUCUAACUGGCACAAUGCAUUGGCUCACGCACGCGGCUUCACGUGUCGAGGUCUCUAGUUUUACGAGUCUAGAAAUAGUCAACCGAUGUACGUGGGGGCGACGAACGAACAGAGAGCUUGGAAUGGUCGCCCCGGCGAUCACUCGGUCAGCUGCGCAUCCUGGUCCAUAACAGUCUGACCGAUCCAGCUUUCUUCUCCCCGCCGGAUCACUCGCUCUCCCCGCCUCGCCCGCGCACGAACGCAUGCAUGCAUUAGGAGACGCGCGGCGGACUUCCUCUCCGAGACUCUGACUUGCAUCUCCACUACUCGCAUCCUAUGCCUGGGUGAGUCAGGUCAAUAGUCGCCAGCAUGCACUGCUGCCUAUUAUAAUGGCGGUGGACUCCAGAUCCGUCGCCACGCGUCCUCCCCCGCCACCUUCUUAUACCACGCCUCCACUCCCAUCCAUCCAUCCAUCGAUGGAGUCCUCCUCCAUCGCCGCCGGCCAUCUGUUGAUUAAUUGAUUCUUGAUUCUUUGAAUCUCGUGCGUCCGUCGUCGAUGGAGUCGCGGCCGUCGUCGGGCUUCGUCGCGGGCGUGAAGCGCGGCAGCGUCGGCGAGAUGGACUUCUUCGAGACGGAGAUGCGCAAGGAGAAGCGCGACAGGAAGGAGCUUGCCGGCGCCGGGGACGACGACGGUCUCGGCAUCAAGAAUGGGGACGACCUCACAAUCGACAUGGGGCUGCACGUGGGGAGGAGGACGACGGUGAGGAGGAACAGCGGCAGCGAGGAGUCCACCGUCGACGACGGCGGCGUCUCCUCCAACGACGAACUUGAUCAUCAUCACUACAUGGAGGCCAAAGCCGAGUUGGCAGCGACGAAAUCGGAGCUUGCGCGGGUGAGAGAGGAGAACAAGCGACUGAAGAGCAUGCUGAGCAGCGCCAACAGCAAGUGCAACUCCCUCCACAUGCACCUCACCCACCUCCAGCAGCAGCAGCAGAGGUCCAGCAGCAGCCAUGGCGGCCACAGGGUUCACGAGCUACUCGACCCGGACAAGCACCACCACCUGGAUCAGCUGCCGCUGCCGACGACCACGGCCCUUAACAUGCCGCGGCAGUUCAUCAGCCUCGGCUCCGCGCCCGACGAGCCACCGCCGCUGCCAGCCAGGGCCAGCAAUGGCAGCCUCGACUGUGCGCCGUCGUCCAGCAAUCCAGUCGGAGUUGAUGGCAUGGUCAUCGGCAGCAAGGCGGCCGAUCUCGUGCCCGUGCCGCCGGCUUUCGAUUACCACCACCACCACGGCGGCGGCGGCCAUGACAGCAGGGCAGCCGCCGGCGCAGGUGGGAGCAGCGACCCGGAGCAGCAGAGCUGCUGGCUCCCCGGCGGCAAGGUCCCCAAAUUCCUCCCCCCUGGAAUCAAGGGCGUCCCCGAGCCCGCGGCGCCAACGGUGCAGCAGCAGCCGCCCGAGGCUGCCGCCGCCGCCACCAUGCGCAAGGCCCGCGUCUCAGUCCGUGCUCGCUCCGAAGCCGCCAUGAUCAGCGAUGGGUGCCAAUGGAGGAAGUACGGGCAGAAGAUGGCGAAGGGGAACCCGUGCCCGCGGGCAUACUACCGGUGCACGAUGGCGGCGGGGUGCCCGGUGCGGAAGCAGGUGCAGAGGUGCGCCGAAGACAGGACGGUGCUCAUCACGACGUACGAAGGGAACCACAACCACCCGCUGCCCCCCGCCGCCAUGGCUAUGGCUACCACCACGGCCGCUGCCGCCACCAUGCUGCUCUCCGGAUCCAUGCCCAGCGCCGACGCCGCCGGGGGGAUCAUGGCAGGGUCCAACUUCAUGGCACGCGCCGUGCUGCCCUGCUCGCCCUCCAGCGUCGCCACCAUCUCCGCCUCUGCGCCAUUCCCCACCGUCACGCUCGACCUCACGGCGCCUCCACCGCUCAAGGAGGCGCUGGCGGAGGCGGCGGCGAGGCCAGUGGUGCUGCCACAGCUGUUCGGGCAGAAGCUCUACGAUCAGGCAAAGCUCUCCGCCGUACAGGCCGUGGCCGGCACCAAUGGCAAGGCAACGGUGGAUGGCGGCGGCGCGCAGCUCGCUGACACGGUGAGUGCAGCCUCGGCCGUGAUCGCGUCCGACCCACAGUUCACCAGGGUGCUCGCGGCCGCCAUCACGUCCUACAUCGGCAACAGCAGCGGGAGCACCGGCACGGCGCAGCCCAUGGCGAGCGGAGGCGGUGAUAGCUGUAGUAGAGACGACGAGUAGGAUAGCAUAACGGCAAGGCGAUCAAGACUGUCUAGCUGCAGUCUUUGCAUUGCUUGGAAGGUUUAUUUUAGUUUUUGGGUCAUGAGUUUAGUUUUGCAAAAAAAAAAUCUUAGCUCUUCAUCGACGGGGUCAAUUUUUUUUUUGCCCGGCAUUUUCUUUUUCUUUCUUCUGUAGCAGCAGCUCCUUUUGGAGUAACAAAAAUUUGUGUUAGAUUGAUGAGAAUAUGAGAUGAGUUUGUUCGAGACUC